CGGGCGCGCAUCUCGUCCCCCCGGGGUGAGAUCCCAGAGCUGCAACCGCACCAGAUUGCCCGCGAGGAUCUUUCGGUGAACCAGGACCUUUGCGAUCUCGGGAGCGACGACCUUGGUCUUUUGGGAACCUUUAAGGGGCGGAGGGGAUAGCACUACGCCAUGCCGUCCCUCCUGAGCCAGACCCUCGGCAUCUCCGCAAAGUCCAGCUCUUGGGGCUGGAUGGAGAAGGCCGCGCAGGAGAAGCGCAUCGAGGAGCGUCUGGAGGCUGAGCGCAUGGGACUGAACGACGACACCAAGGCGGUGGUCCGGGCCCUCAAGGUGCUCAAUCCCGGUUUUGAGGACGUCGACGAUGUGCUCAUCACCCGCACUGUCAACGCUGCGACGGAGGAUUACCCGGGUAAACCGCCCGAGUACCGCGCGCAGAAGGCUAGUAAGGAGAUUGAGAAGAUCCUGGCGUGGCGCGCAGCGCAGGAGGUCGACUCAAUCCUCGAGCGUGACCUCGCGAACACCGAGGAGUUCCACCGAUCCUGGCCAGUGACGCUACACGGAUGCGACGAGUUCGGCCACCCCAUCAUCUGCGAGCGGAUAGUCGACAUCGACGCGAAAGGGCUCGAGGGCCCGGGCUUCGCCAAGGGACUCGCGAUGAUGCACAGGGUGCAAAUCAUGGAGGCGCUCGAUCACGUCAAGCGCCGCACCGCGAUCGCCAAGGGCCACCGCUUGCACAAGCACGUGUGGGUCAUCGACCUGCAGGGGAUCACCACCUCGCACCUCACCGGCUCCGUCCGGACCUUCCUCUACGAUCUCAUCUCCCUGUGCCAGGACAAGUACACGGACACGCUGCACGCCAUGUGGCUGGUCAACGCGCCUUACGUGUUCAGGGCGAUGUGGUCCGCGAUCAAGACGAUGGUGCGAAAGAGCACCAAGGACAAGAUCCAGAUCCUGGGCGAGUCCGACGCGUCUGGAAUCGAGUCGGCGAUGGAGCUCCUCUCCGUGUCCCCCGAGGCGAUGCCCACGUGCGUGCCGGGGGGUAAGAACGACGGCACGCGGGCGUGGGAUGUCGUGCUACGGGCGAGGGAGGAGCGCGAGCGCGCCCGGGAGAAGGGAACGGAGGCCAACGAGGGGUCUCCGGCUUCAACGUGCACGGUGGAAAACGCCGCUUUCGAAGAUGACUCGUCGAAGGACUAAGGACUAAAGUAGCUCGCGCUCAUUGACGCGUUGUCGAAUACGAGACCCGAAAUCGCGGUC